UCUCAUCUCAUCUACCAGUCUUCACCUCUAUGAACAUUAUUUUCUCUCAGAUUUUCUCAAGGAACUAACAGAAAUUGAAAUAACUCUCACAAAUUUUCCUUUUUGUGUUUCUUUUUAUUAUUCCAUGACUUAUUAUGAGGAAGAAAAUGAGGUUGUGCCGGAGCUGGGGGUGAGAAUAGAUUUGGAAGAAAAUAAUCAUAAUAAUAAAAAUGGAGAGUAUGUGAAAUUGAGACAAUGUGAACAGGAUGGGCCUGGUUCACCCAGAAGAUGCAGUUGUGGCUCAGUCUGGUACUGGGUCAAGUUGGGUUUAUUGCUCACAUGUUUAGGCUUAUUAGCUGCUGUAUUUCUCAAAUGGGUCGGUCCCUUUUUCAUGGAUAAGGAGGUUAUUCCCAUCAUAAAUUGGGAGACGACGACAUUUAGUCAUCCAAUACUGGCACUUCUGGUUUUUGCAUCUGUGGCAUUAUUCCCCACCUUCCUUUUGCCAUCUUCUCCUUCUAUGUGGGUUGCUGGGAUGACAUUUGGUUAUGGCUUUGGUUUUCUUCUAAUUAUGCCAGCAGUGGCUGUGGGCAUAUCACUUCCGUAUUUCAUUGGUUCUCUUUUCCUUCAUAAAAUUCAAGGGUGGUUGGAGAAAUAUCCGAAGAAAGCUGCUAUUCUAAGAGCAGCUGGCGAAGGAAACUGGUUUCAUCAAUUUCGAACUGUAGCAUUAAUCAGAAUUUCUCCUUUUCCAUACAUUAUAUACAAUUACUGUGCUGUGGCGACACGUGUAAAGUAUGGUCCCUACUUUUUGGGGUCAUUGGUUGGAAUGGUACCUGAAAUUUUUGUUACAAUUUACACUGGGAUCUUGAUACGGACCUUGGCAGAUGCAUCACAAGAACAGCACUUUCUUUCAGCCCCACAGAUCAUCUUCAAUGUUCUUGGUUUCUGCGGAUCCGUGGCUGCCACAAUAUUCUUUACAGUGUAUGCUAAAAGGCAGCUUAAAGUGUUACAGAAGGACGAAGAACUACUACUGCAGUAAGCUUCUGUUUGUAUUUAUGAAAAACCAUACAGUCAAACAGGCCAAGCCAGGUUGCCUUUGCAUAUUGAAAACAUAGUGUAUGACUGGAUGUUGUUUUAUUUAUUAAACAACUUCAUCCAUUGGUUAAUUUAGGAAAACACUAUGCUGUGCAAACAGUGUGGAAGGGAAAACAUAGAGCACCCAAAAAAAG